AUGUACGAAGGGAUUGACAACCUGAAAUCCCUUUACGACCGUGCCGGGAAGACUUUCUCCGGCGGUCCUUCUGCGGCACAGGAUGUGUCGCGUCGUACUGCUCGACCAGACCCAGUACGUCAACCAUCAAUUGGGAGCGGGGCUCCCAAGAAUCCCAGGACGGGGGAUAGCCGCGCCACCGGACGAGAUAACUCGUCCGACGUCCGUUCACGUCGCGGUGGUUCAACAGCUGCUCUACUAGAUAGCGCUGGCCACCGCGAGAGUCCUCUAAUGGAGGUGGAGGAGGAGGAAAGACGCUCUCCACACGAUCAUGUGGAUCGGUGUGUUCCCGAGAGCUUUUUUGAUCGCGUAACGCAAGGGUUACGCGACGAUCUCGAGCAUGAGCGGAAUAGGCGUCUCCAGAUGGUGGACACUGCCUCGAAGCAUCGAGCUGAGUUUGCCUUUGCUCAGCUUGAGAACGAGAGAUCUCUGACACCUCUUCGUGACGAGCUAAGGGUAGCUCGUGGGAUUGCUGAUCGGUCUCGGGAUGAGAUAGCUGCUCUUCAGACCCUUGUUGAUGCCCACCAUCGGGAGCACAAGGCUCUCUGCGAGAUGCUUGAGCGCAAGGGCGUUCUUCAUCGGAAGAAGCAGCGUACUGAUGGUACGGCUUAA